GAGAAUGAAUAUAACAUGGACGAGACUGGGAUCAUGCUGUCAAUGCUAAGCUCUGUUAAAGUUCUUAUAGGUAAGGAUGACGUGCGAGACUAUAGAGGUGCUGGUGUUAAGCGGACGAUAGUCACAGCCGUCGACUGUGUGUUCGCAAGCGGUGAGUAUCUGAAUCCUAUAAUCAUC